UGUUUAUGAAAUAUACAUAAGACAUAUUGAUAAGUGUAAAGAGUUUAUUUAAGUCAAUUAUGUUGCGUUUGGUACAUUUUCGUCAAACUUUAAUUACUGCCAGCAAAUUAAAGACCUCGAAUCAAUGCAAUAGUUUGGUGGCUAGUACUCGACGCUAUUCUCAAACACCUAAUCCGGAUCAUGGUGAUUUUCAUAUGGAUGGAUCACGGAGUCUACCUCGACUAAUGGAUUUCCCAGAAAUAUUAUGGCCAUCUACAAUUAACACUUUAAAAAAUUGGAUCUUAAUACAAUUUAUAAUACGGCCUUACUUCGACAGAGAUUUCACCAUUAGAGAUUUUGUAUUUGGUGCUAAACAUGCUCUUCAGAUUAUUUCAUCUAAACUAGUAAAUGGAGAAUUUGGUACGUUAAAGAAUUUCGUAGCUAACGAAGCCAUCAAUGAAUUGAAGCCCACAAUACAGAAAUUAUCAGUGGCUCAGAGAAAACAGUUAGAAAUUAAUAAGGCGGAUAUAUACUUUGCAUUUCCUUAUCAAGUGGGAAUAAUUUUAGAUGAAGAGCAAGAGAAAGUUCAAAAACGCUGGGUUGAAAUUACUAUGGUUUUCCACGUACUUCGAGGACUAACAGAAAUGCGAAAUCGCGGUGAGGAAAUUCCUUGGAAUAUGGGGACACUCCCAGAAUAUCAGGAUAAAGUGUUUGUGUGCAAUUACCGCUUCAAAAAAGAGUUUACUAGCGAAAAUGAAUCAGACUGGACAGUUAAUGCCUUGAAUCAUUUUAAGCCAAUUGAUUUGGUGAGAGAAAAGUAAGAAUUUGGUAUAUUUUUAAAUGCUAACAGCACACAUUUUGUCACAACUGUUAGUUAAAAACUGUAAACUGUUUGCGUUAGUAUGAGUUAAUAAAAUUUGUAAUGCUUAUUAUAA